AUUUUUUAAAGCUCCCGGAACACACACGUCCAACGAAAUUGAAGAAGAAGAAGAAGAAGAAGAAGAAGAAUCGAGAAUUCUCUGCUUGGCCUUCGGAUUGGAUCGCUGCCUCUCUUCAUCUCCAUUCUCGUUUGGGGGGAUAUUUGUUAAUUCUUUGUUCACUCAAGCAUUUCGCACAGUUCAAACUACUAGUUGGAGAUGGCUUCAUCUGUCCUCAAGGCAGCAGCAGAGAAGGUAGGCCCAUCUGUGCGAAAGCAGGCCUUAUCCUUGACUGAUGCUGCUGCUUCAAGGAUACAUCAUCUCCUUAACCUUCGCCAGCGUCCUUUUCUACGACUUGGUGUCAAAUCUCGUGGUUGCAAUGGUUUAUCAUACACACUCAAUUAUGCUGAUGAGAAAGGGAAGUUCGAUGAGCUAGUUGAGGACAAGGGUGUCAAGAUCCUAAUCGAUCCAAAAGCUCUCAUGCACGUCAUUGGCACCAAGAUGGAUUUUGUAGAUGACUCACUGAAGUCAGAAUUUUUAUUUAUCAAUCCAAACUCAAAAGGGCAGUGUGGCUGUGGUGAAUCAUUUAUGACAAGCAGCCCAAAUGCUAGGUCUGGUGUUGGUCAAUGAGAUUCCUAAAGCAGAAAUGGAUCGAUUCAAGUCCAAAUUCUCUUGCAUUUUUUUCUCUUCCAGAAUUACAUUUUCAAGUAGAUACGCCGAUACUUGGAGUGAUUUUCAACUAUUAAAGUCUUACUUUAUCUGCUAGAUAUGGAAUUCUUCUCAGGAACCAACUAUCAACUUUGAUGCUGACAAAAGAGGCGUGUGGUGCACAGCUAUUAAAAACGAGGUGUGAGCAUGUACCGGGAUGUAUAUUGUUACCACAUUCAUUACCUACCCAAGUAAUUACUGUAUAUCCAGGUUCUAGAUGUUUUGUAUCCGAACCCUAAUAUGCUGUUCAUUGCUGAUAUGUAUGUGUUUCAUUGUGCUGCCCAUCACACCCAUAAGUUUGGGUUUAACAAUAGAAACUUUAUUAUAAAGAUAAAUUUAUAUAUUGUCGAAUUUGCUUGAA